AUGCUGUGUUCGUCUGUUCUGUUGAUCGGUUGUGGUGUGGUGUUGCGUAGGCGUUACAGCUGUCAGUUUAGUGUUGAAGGAAUUAAUUAAAUUUAUUGGUGGCUGCGUUUUGAAUAUUGUAAAACAUUCUGUCCUCAAAAGUGUUCGUGUUUAGAGAAUGAUUUCUUUCUUUUUAGCAAGUAUUAUUUUAUCUUAGUUUCAUUCCGUUAAUAUUAGUCUGUAAAAUAUAAAUCUUCGUCAUGCAAACCGUCUAUGAUGACAUGCAACUAUACAUAACAGGUGACAGGUUUUAUAUUGAACCAACUGUCUCCUCCAAGAAAAUAAUUGUUAUUGACCGGGUUUCUCAUGUCAUUUCGGUUCAAGAGAAUGUAGGACAGAUCCCGAGGGAAGUGCUGCCGAAGCCUAUCUUCGGUGUGCUGGGGGUGAUUACACUGUUGGCCGGCCCAUACCUGGUGGUAGUCACCAGCAGACACAAAGUGGGCACUAUAGCUGGCCAGGAGAUCUGGCGGCUGGGGACUACCGAGCUACUAUGUUUUCACCGUACUGUCACCCACCUGACUGAUACACAGGAGCGGAUGAAUCGUGUGUAUGUGACGAUGGUGGAGUCGGUGCUGGCCACACCUCACUUCUAUUUCUCUUACACGUAUGACAUCACUCACUCUCAGCAACGACUGCACAACACCUCCCCUGAGUUUCUUCAGAUGGCCCUCCACCACCGUGCAGACUCAAGGUUUCUGUGGAAUUCACACCUUCUGCACAACUUCCCUGACAGCGCAGACUUCAGCAAGUUUCUUCUGCCAAUCAUGCAUGGCUUCAUCUCUAUCAAUUCUUGUUCCCUGAAUGGGAAACCAUUCACAUGGAGCAUAGUGUCGCGUCGCAGUUGUCAACGUGCCGGCACCCGCUUCUUCACAAGAGGUGUUGACAAGAGUGGCAAUGUUGCCAACUUUGUUGAAACAGAACAGAUUGUCGAAUCUUCUGGUGACAGGAGUUCUUUCAUUCAGACACGAGGUUCAAUACCUCUCUUCUGGCAGCAGUUACCCAACCUCAAGUACAAACCGAAGCCUUCACUGAUCCCUAGUGAGAACCACUCUGAGGCCUUCACCAAACACUUUGAGGCCCAGAUUGUAGAUUACGAGCGACAAGUGCUUGUCAACCUGGUGGACCACAGAGGGGCUGAAGGGGAGAUGGAACAGGCUUACAAACACAUGGUGAACAGGGUCUCCCUUCCUGAUAUCAGAUACGAGUCAUUUGAUUUCCACCACGAGUGCCGCAAGAUGCGGUGGGAUCGGCUAUCAGUACUGAUUGACCGAUUGGCACACGAGCAAGACGAGUUUGGCUACUUCCUGCUGCUGCGAGACGGCACACUGGCAUCACAGCAGACUGGUGUAUUCCGCACGAACUGCAUAGACUGCCUGGAUCGUACAAAUGUUGUACAGAGCAUGCUGGCUCGCCGCAGCCUCAACACGGUGCUAGAGAAAUUGGCAAUCCUGCGCGUUGGGCAGAAGGUGGAGCAGCAGCCACAGUUGGAAGCCCUGUUCAAGGCAGUGUGGGCUGAUAAUGCAGAUGUAAUCAGUGUACAGUACUCUGGCACUGGGGCUCUGAAGACAGAUUUCACUCGGACUGGUAAGCGCACGUACCUAGGCGCUUUGCAGGACCUCAGCAACUCCGUCACUCGCUACUACAAGAACAACUUCCUGGAUGGCUUUCGUCAGGAUUCGAUAGAACUGUUCCUGGGUACUUACAAGGUGGAUGAGAAGGAGUGUGUGACAGUCCCGUGUCCCCUGGCGGUCAACAGGGGCUGGAAGUAUAUCACGUUCCCGCUAAUUCUGUGUGUGGCCGUGGCUAUGUUCUUUGCCAAUGUCAUCACUCCUACUGAGUACAGUACUGGCACUCUACUUUGUCUGCUAUUCUGGGGCUCAAUGAUUGGCGUAACAGGCUCCACGAUACUGUACUAUGGCCGGGAGUUCGUCGACUACCCUUGCCUUCGAGAUAUUGUCUUCCCCUCACAAAACCAAGUGGCAUAGCCUCCCCUCUAGACCAAAAUAAACCUGCACCAGAUACUUUUGGAUUCUGUAAGAAGACAGGUUAAGGGUUGAUUUUGUUUCAUUCGGUGGAGGACAGUCUAUGUAAUACUUGUACAGCAGCAGAUUUAGAAAUCACAAUGGAAUAACACUGGCUAUUUAAUAAUGCAAAUAAGAAUUAUGACUAAUCUAAUUAGUUAUAAAACAAAAUAAUCCAGCAUUAAAUAAGAUGUGUUUGAUCUUUAUUUAUACUGGUAUUCCUAUUUUUGUUAUAAAAAAGUCUUUUUGGUGCAAUACUUUAUUUAACUCAUUUGCAUGCUAUAACAGAAAUUGAUCUUCCAUUUGUUGAUUUAUUAUUUAGUACGUAGUAGCAGCACUGAAUGAGCCAUAACUGCCUGUAUCCUUCUUCUUCACAAAUAAUAGAAGAUCUAGGAUAGGCAUUACUAUGUAAUAUAUUAUUUUAUUUUCUUGCAUUCAGUUAUUUGUUGUUGUUUGUGUGUUGCGGAAUAUCUAUAAUGAUAUCUCUUAUAGAUUUCAAGUUACAGCAAUUCAUUUAUAAUACUACUACAUUGAAAAAUUAAAUGUUCUGGGUCCCAAAAAUAAAAUAGCAUGACAUUGGGUUAAUUCUUGAAAUACAAUUGUAUAUGUGUAUACAGUUACAUAUUCAGUUUUCAUUCCAAGCUCAAAAUAUUGAUCUAACACACACUUUUCUCUUAUCAAAAAAGUUUCUUUUUUUAAAAUAAAAAUACUAUUAUUUGGUCUAAAAUCUUGCAACUCCAUUAUGUUUUAUAAUUAUUUUAUUUUGAAUGAUCCACUUCAGUAAGUGAUCCACUGAUAAACAUAGUUAAAAAAUGGAUAUCAGCAAUGAAACUGUUAAAGAUUUGUUAUUUUACUGUUUGUAAUGGAUUUUUUUAGAUCGUUUAAAAUAUUAAAUUAAUAGUAUUAACUUUUUUAUUACACAGCUAAUUAUGAAUUUUAUACAGAAUUGUCAAAGAAAUGGUUUCCCUAAGUAAUAUUAAGUAUUAAAUUAAAAUUAAUAUUAAAUAGGUUUAUCUGAAUAAAGAAUAAAUUAAAAUAAUUAAAGAUUAUCUGAUAAAGAAAGAUAAAUGAAGAUGCUCAUAAAUUAAGCAUGUAAAAUUUAUAUUAUUUUUCUUAACAAUUGUUUUUAUACGCUUCGCUGGCACUUAAAAAUAAAUGCAUGUAUUGGUCGUUAGGACUAAUUUUUCACUAUCUCUCUUGUGAACUGGACAGUGAUUUACACUGUUAAUAAAUUUCAGAAAAUUGUUCCAAACUUAGCCACCUACUGUAGUAAAUUUAUUUUAUAUUUAAUGAACAAAGUAGGAUUGAUAACAUAUUCUAGAUAGGAUAGUGAAUGUCAAUUCAAAUAAAAUAGAAGUAAGGGAUCAAAAGGUGUACAAUAGAUGUGAUAUCGUUGGAGCGAAGUAUAAUGAUUGGAGAACUGACCACAGUAUUUUGUUUCUCUUUUAAUCACAGCCUGCGGCUUAAUGGAACAGUGUUUUGAUUAAUAUAGUUUAUUAACAAAAGAUUGUGUAAUCAUGUCAACUCUUUAGUUGUUGAAUGUCUGACCCACAUGUGACCCUUUCUUGUAUUCUAUUUACCUUGGCUAACAUGAAUCCCUUCUGUACAGUUUUAUAUUAGAAUAACACUUGAUGUAUUUAAAACUGCUAAUUAGUUAGCCUUAUUGAAAUGAUUUCAUUAUAUUUUUUAAUAACUUAUUUUCAGAAUCCCAUCUUAUAACUGAAUAAGCAGAUUUAGCUAUUGUUUCUGUAAACUUUUCCUUAAUAGCUUAUUAAAUUUUUAUGCUUUGUUUUAGAUUUAGAUUUUAAAAUAUUUCUUUUUAAAAUGCAAUAUAUUUAUAUUGAAAGUUUUAUGACAAUACUUAACCAUUCACAUUGAAAACUUUGACACUAUUACAAAUUGCAAAUUUAAAGUUUUAUUAUAGUUUAUAUAGAUAGUUAUAAGCAUAGUUUACAUCUUAUUACUAUCUUUACUACAGUAUAAGGUAUUGUAGAAUACACAGUAAUAUGUUAUAUUUCUAUUUAUCAACUUUGUGUGGAAUUUCAAACUAACCAGAAAUUGUUAAUCUACAAAUUGUAAAAAUUUUGUAAUAUAUAAAUAUAAAAUAAUAGGAUAAUAAUUGUUCUUAAAUUUAUAAACAAUUUAAAGAUACAGUAAUUAAUGAUACAUAGCGAUCUUCUCACCUAUGUAAAAUAAGCCUAUUUUAUCUUUUCCUAUCAAUACAAUUAGUUGUUAUAUGUUAUCAUUAUUUAAAUACAAUUUAAUUGUUGUGCUGUAGAAAUGUGGUACUAUCAAUGGUUUCCUUCUUUUGGGAAAGGCUUUUAAAAACUAGUUCACUUCAAGUUGCAAUUUUAUAUUCCCAUUCAGAGUAAUAUUUCUUAUAUUGAGUGCUACAAAAUGCACCUUUAAUGAAAGCCUGACACUGGAAAGAUUGAAUUCCAUCAGAUAGCCUUGAUAGCAACUGGUCAGUUUUGUUUGAAACAAAGACUCAGGAUCAUUCUAUUGUGGGCACUAGAUGGCAAGAUAGUACAGACUUGAUAUGCUGGUUCUAGGUUGAAAUGUAGGGGCUGCAAAAACACCAAAACUACAAUAGUGUACACUCCUAAAGGUGAAACUUACUUUUUAAAAGUCAAUCGCAAACUAAAUCUCAAAAAUGGAAGGUUGUAAUCAUAUUAUUAUAAAUGAAAUAAAAACUCUUUAUUUACUUUACUUACUUUUUUAUGUGUAUCUUAAAAUAUAUAAUAUAGUUAAAAUUUCGUUACCUGGGUUAAUCCUCAUAUUGUCAAAUUUCAUUUAUAGCAGAAAGCAGACUUUUGGAAAAUUUGAUUUUUUUACUCAAAGCAAGUACCAUUCAAUCAAUGAACAGGUAUCCUAACAAUUUAAGUUAUUUUAAUUUGUUUUCUUUAUUUUUCUGUUUUUGUGAAACCUCUUUAGGUUCACAUAAAGAUAAAAAUCUUGACCACAAAAUAUUUGUUCUUUGUUUAAAGUUUGUUAUUGACAAUGGAAGGUUUGAAAGGAUAACAGGAUUUCGGACAUUUGCCAUCAUUAUAUGUUAUACCUUUUAUAACCUAUAACGAUGGCAAAUGUAAAAAAUCCUGUUAUUCUUUCAAAAUAGUUGUAUAUGUAAUACUUUAUUUCACUUAUUUACACAUUUGUAUGAUACUUAUGUACUCAUCUUUGUUCCUGAGUGUGGGUAAUUUGAAGGGAUAACAGGACUAUGGAUAUUUGCCAUAAUUUAGUGUUAAAAUAAAAGAGUUGGUUAACACUAAAACAUAGGUUAAGUGUGGAAAGAAGUAGAAAAUUAUUGCAUUGAACACACCAAUGUUAACAAUAAAAAUGUUCUACGUCAAAAAAACCUUUUUCCCCUGAACCAGCAUGACAUUAAGAGACAUACAGAUGAAUAAUUACACUGCAUAUAUACUGCUGGAACAUAUAUGCACCACAGCAGCCAGGAUGAGAAUGACCAGAAUAAUGUGAGAAGUUCCACAUUAUCAUGGAGGCUGGUGGAAUAUUUGAGUAUACAGCAAAGGACGUAACAGCAUGGGUUUGGGGGAUAGAAAGGAAUGAUAGCCUCUAGUUUAUUGUUUACUAAUCCUUUACACAUCAAUUAUUCAUAAAAAUGUUAUUGCAUAUACUUUUUUAUUUUUAUGAAUUGUUUAGUUUUCCUAGUUAAUUUUUGUUGUGUUAUUGGUAACCGAAGUGAUCUGAUUUCAACAGAACGUGAACUUAAUGUUUGGUCUGCUAAUUUUACAUACAUACCUUCAAUUAUUCUUUAUUUGAAAAAUUCUCUUCACAGUAUAUUAUAAUAACUUUAUUCCACUUCAUGAAGUUAGAUGAAACCAACAAUGUUAGCAAUUCUAGAUAUUUCCUACUCUUUAUAUAUUGUCCUUGAGUUAGAGUUAUAAAGAGCUCAACUAAAUCAGAUAUUUUUGGAAAAUAGUUGAAUAAUUUAAUGCCAUCCUAUUUGUUCAAAUUUUCAUGUUAGCAUGUUUGAGCCAAUAAGUGACAAAUUAUAAACGAUUUUUUUUCAUUAGAUUGUAGUAUGACUGUCUUAAAAAUGUAAUCUUAUAAAAUUUGAAAUAUCAAUUGGUUGUUUUAUAACAAUUAAAUUAGUUAUGCAGCCUAUGUUUUGUUUUUUGAAUCAUAUGUUGGUAGCUAUUAAAUAUGUGCAAUACACACAUUACACAAAGGAGCCAAAUUCCUCAAAGAUCUUGAAACAUCCCUUAUAGAUUGAACUAGAUCUCUUUCAUCCAUUCUAUCAUGAUUUUUCCUUGGAGCUCAUUCUCUCAAGGACUUUGAAGAUCUUCCACUUCUUGUUGUAUUUAUUAUUGCAUUUAACAAAAAGUGUGCUAACUUUCCUUUGGUAACAUCUGUGUAAUCAUUAAUACAUUUAAAUUAUUGUAUAUUUUAUAAAAGAGCCUUUUUAUAAAUAUUUUGUAUAUAUCUUGUUGAUCUUGUAGUUUUAGCUAAAUAUCACAUAAAUAAAUGAAGUACUGAAACAAGA